AUGAAAUCGCAAGAAUAUAUUAUUGACUUCACAACUAAGACUGAAACAUGUAAAAGUAAUCAACAACAACGUAACAUUAUUCGACACGCAGAGUUUAUUCUACCACAAUACUGGGAAGUACAAUCGGAAAAUGUUCAAAAAUUUCUAGUACAAUCCAGUUCGAUUGAAUAUAAAGAAAUGCGUGCUUUAUUCGAUAAAACAAUGGUGAAUCAAUACACUGAAAUCAUUCGAAUUGAACGUAUCCAAAAUAAACCAUGGUAUAUACAAUAUAAUUCAUACAAAAGUUUUUCAUCAAAAAAAGACACAGAAAAACAAUUGUUCCAUGGUUGUCCACAACAAUCAGCUGAUCUCAUCAUUAAUUCAUUUUUUAAUCGAUCAUUUGCUGGAAUAAAUGGUACCGUGUAUGGACAAGGUGCUUAUUUUUCCUCGAAUGCCUUCUAUAGUCAUGGGUUUACUCGUCCUGAUACACCAGAUACUGAACGGUUUAUGUUUAUAGCAAAUGUUUUAGUGGGUAGUAGUAUUCAAGGAAAUUCUACUAUGAAAACACCACCUACAGGCUAUGAUUCAACAACUGAUGGAAACCAUAUUUUUGUUACAUAUCGUGAUGAUCAAGCUUAUGCAGCAUAUCGUAUUAUUUAUAAAUAA